AUGGGCAGGAGGAUGCGGGACGCCGCCGCCGCCGCCGCGGGGCUCUGGCUGCUGGCGCUGGGCUCGCUGCUGGCGCUGUGGGGCGGGCUCCUGCCGCCGCGCACCCAGGCGCCCGAAGACCGACUCCCGCGGCGCCCGGCCCGGAGCGGCGGCCCCGGGCCCGCGCCUCGCUUCCCCCUGCCCCCGCCCCUAGCGCGGGACGCCCGCGGCGGCUCCCUGAAAACUUUCCGGGCGCUGCUCACCUUGGCGGCCGGCGCGGACGGCCCGCCCCGGCGGCCCCCGGGCGAGCGCGAGCGACACGUGCCAGCCCGGCGGCUCGGGCCGGAGGGGCGCGCCGUGGUGCACGGGGGCGUCUUCUGGAGCCGCGGCCUGGAGGAGCAGGUGCCCCGCGGCUUCUCGGAGUCGCAGGCGGCGGCGUGGCUGGAGGCGGCGCGCGGCGCCCGGGUGGUGGCCCUGGAGCGCGGCGGCUGCGGGCGCAGCUCCAACCGGCUGGCCCGCUUUUCCGACGGCACCCGCGCCUGCGUGCGCUACGGCAUCAACCCCGAGCAGAUACAGGGCGAGGCCCUGUCCUACUACCUGGCGCGCCUGCUGGGCCUCCAGCGCCACGUGCCGCCGCUGGCACUGGCCCGGGUGGAGGCUCGCGGCGCGCAGUGGGCGCAAGUGCAGGAGGAGCUUCGCGCCGCACACUGGACGGAGGGCAGCGUGGUGAGCCUGACGCGCUGGCUGCCCAACCUCACGGACGUGGUGGUGCCCGCGCCCUGGCGCUCGGAGGACGGCCAGCUGCGGCCCCUGCGUGCCGCCGGGGGCGAGCUGGCCAACCGCAGCCAGGCGGAGCUGGUGGACCUGGUGCAGUGGACCGACUUGAUCCUUUUUGACUAUCUGACGGCCAACUUCGACCGGCUCGUCAGCAACCUCUUCAGCCUGCAGUGGGACCCGCGCGUCAUGCAGCGCGCCACCAGCAACCUGCACCGCGGCCCCGGCGGGGCGCUGGUCUUUCUGGACAACGAGGCGGGCUUGGUGCACGGCUACCGGGUGGCGGGCAUGUGGGACAAAUAUAACGAGCCGCUGCUGCAGUCGGUGUGCGUGUUCCGCGAGCGGACUGCGCGGCGCGUCCUGGAGCUGCACCGCGGCCAGGACGCGGCCGCCCGGCUGCUGCGCCUCUACCAGCGCCACGAGCCUCGCUUCCCGGAGCUGGCCGCGCUCGCCGACCCCCACGCUCAGCUGCUGCAGCGCCGCCUCGACUUCCUCGCCAAGCACAUUUUGCACUGUAAGGCCAAGUACGGCCGCCGACCGGGGACUUAGCGUACCCUGGAGGAAGAGAGAGAGAGACCCCUGGCUGAGGAAUGGCUGAUGGGGGAAGGGCCGUCGCUUCGGCCGCCGCGGGGGACCAGCCGGCCAACGCCCAGCCAGUGGCCGGAGCGGGAAGGAGGCUAAAACUUCAGCUUCACCCACCUGCCCCUUUCUCUCCGUCUCCUGCCGUUUCCUUUCAAAGUUCUGGGAGGACGAACUCACCGGGGGAAGAAGUGAACCAUUCCUUCCGCCCAGCCUCUGAAAGGAUUCUACCCUGUGCCAGCACUGAGUUUGGAUCCGAAGAAACGGGCUGCGGAGUUUGGCCCCCGAGUGGCCGUCUCCGUGGGAGAUGCAUCCCAUUCCUUGGCCCCCGCAUUCCCCUUCCGAAAAAGGAAAACUUCUGUUUGAGCCGUUGAGCUAAUCCUGCAUUUCCUACCAAACGCUGCGCUGGUGGCCCCGGAGCUGGGCUGUGACAUUGGCUGGUGGAGCCCCCUUCCUGUGUUCCGCCUUUGUUCCAGCACCGUGAUGGUGAGAUCACUGUUAGGAGCUGGGGGAAGGCUCCCGAUAGGACAAAGAGAGCAGGACCUUCGGAACCGGGGUGGGGGUCCUACAGACCCUGACAAUGAGUCUGACUUGUUCCUUACCACUUGUCAUUUUGGCCUAAGGGCUACAAAUACAGGACCGGCUGUAUGCGCUGAGUCAAGUAAUGAAUUUAUUCUUCCUCCCCCCUCCCCAUCGACCAAAAUUUUGACAAUGAUGAUGUUCACCAGAAGAAAAUGAAUUUCAUGCACUUUACUUUGUUUUUAUUUUAAUUUUUU